ACGCAGUCUAGUUGGCGGUGGCGGGAAGCCUCAUUUGUUCAAGAAACGAAAUAAGCUGUAAACUACUUUGAUCUCGACUUAUAUCGAUCUGGGGAGGCGUACAGAAUGUGGCGAUGCUUGAAGAACCUUUACCGCGCGAAGAAUUGUCGAUAGUGUACAUUUCUCACAUACCGGCAUUUAUUUUGCCAAGUCCAUUCAAGCACUUGGGUUUUUACGUGGGAGGCAGAACGGAGAAGACUCAAGUGAGUUUUUCGCCAGACAUCAACCACAGUCUGCGCAGGAAGUUGCGACGAUGCGAAGAAGAAAAGGAUGCAACGUGCUCAGCGCCUUGAUCAGGCGAGAAACGAAUUGUCGAAGAACAAACGAUCACGAUUUGUUGCUCUCCUACGUAGAAGAUGUUUCUGUGAUGUCCUGUAAUCGAACGGAGGAAUGUGAACUACCAGGAUCACCAAGGUCAACUUUCCUUGUCUGUUUCAGCCCUGAUAAGACCAAGAUGGCCUCAUCUCACGGGGAUCACACAGUGCGUGUAGUUGAUUGUAAGACCUUCAAAUGUGUGAAGACUCUAAAAGGUCAUCCUCGUACACCAUGGUGCAUCACAUUUCAUCCAUCUUCUGACCAAUUGCUGGCAUCAGGCUGCCUUGGAGGACAAGUCAGAGUUUGGAAUUUAGAGACAGGAGAAAGUGAAGUGUACACUCCCCCAGAUAAAGCUGUCAUAGCGUCACUGGCCUUCCAUCCCACAGAUCAUGUGCUGCUGAUUGCAACCAGUAACAAGUUGUUGUGUUGGAGCUGGGAUCAACCAGAACCAUUUGCUUGUAUUCAGACUGCUUCAAUUGAAGAAAAAGUCAGAUUGGUUGCAUUUUCUCCUCUGGGUGACCACAUUCUUACUGCAGUCACAAAUAUUGUAUCACAAAUGGAUGAUAACCCGAGGACAUAUGCUCCAAGUCGUUCUCCCGUCGUGAAUCGACUUCUUCAGUCAAUGGGAAACUCACGUGAACCAGGCGGUGAUAAUUUUUCUGCCCACGUGUUGCGUCCUUCUGCCGCGUCAAAUAGUCCUGCAACCUCAUCCUCUACGUCUACAAAUUCUGACUCAAUGCCCAAAUCAUCUAGUACUACGGGCUUAAAUUCACCUGGCUCUACGGAGAACUCAAAUUUGGAGCCUGUCACACGGGAAGGGGAAGCCAUUUCAAGCUCUAUAACCAGUCAAACUGAUGUCACUGAGGGUGACGUCACUGACAACGGUAACCAAGACUACAGAGGCGUGUUCGCCAUAUUUAGAGCUCGUGAUAACAACAUAUGGAAUUUCGAUGUAACCAGCGAAGCUUCACCUAGUGCUGUAUUAGACCAGGAACCGAACGCUGUAAAUUUUGACUCUGAUUCAAGUAAUGAAGGAGAGGGUGUUAGUAUGAGCUUAAGUACUGGUGAUACAGAUGUGUAUUCCGAUGUCGGUGAAGCGACUGCGAAUUCUGAUAGCAUCGAACAAUCCGUGCCUUUUGAGGCGGGCCCGCCUUCUGAAGAGGCCAGCGAUCGCGUGGUGGGAGUCGGGCGAGUUAUCAAUGUCGCGCCAAGCUCAUCACGGACUAGUUUUCUCUCGCAUGGCUCCAACCACAGUUCGAGUUUCGCAACUCUCGGCGGUAGCCCGGGAUAUGGGACUGCCGUCGCCACGGCAACGGCAAGGACGUUAAGGCACGUGCAUACAGCGGUGGUGGUCGCUGAUGGAACUAAUGGAGGGCCCCAGUUUGCUCUGAGGUCCGCUAUAAAUAGGGCCAUAGCUGGCGCCUUUGCGGGUUGCGGAGAAGGAGCCGUAGCAAGUAAUAUUAUCAACACUACUCAUCGUUUGCAGUGGUGGGACUUUUCUCAAGUGAAAUUACCAGACUUAAAGAAUAGUGAAUCUAACCUGAUCGCGUCAAGCUGUAAAAUUCACAACGACGCAAGCUGCGACAUUUCAAGCGAUGGAAAACUACUGGCCACGUUUGUACCUAGUACCCAAGGCUUCCCGGACGAUGGCGUAGUGGCGGUUUAUUCUCUUGAGAAAACCACUCUGGGACAUUGCGUCUUCUCAAAGAAAUUCGGUCCAAAUGCUAUCUCCAUCAGCUUGUCUCCCCGCAAUCGAUACAUUAUGGUCGGCCUAGCAGCUCGGAGGCUUCACUUGCAUCUCACAUCAAGACAGAUGGUGGCGCAAAUCUUUCGACUUACAAAGAAAGACAGUUCAUUUGAUGAAGCGAAGGUUGGUACAUUGUCGCCCAUUGUAAGCGUCAUGCAUGAAUGUGACGCUGAUCGACGAAGUCACGUGAGUGUCAAUGCUGCAUUCUUCCAUCCCCUGGUCGGGAAUGGAUUGGUUUACGGUACCAAUCGAGGUCAUCUGCACAUGCGCCAGUUUGGACCACGUCCCGCCUUCAGAUAUUCACACCUCACCACCUGAAUUAAUUCCCAUAUAUUCAGGAAUAUGGAGGCAUGACUGUCGCUUGGCCUGGAUGAUGCUUCAUUCACGCCACGGAUGAAGCCGAGAAACAAGUCUCGUUUGCUGUGACAUGCCUCACAGGACCAUGCGGGUGUCUACAAAAAACCUGCGACGUUGAAAAUUGAGUCGGGGUUGAUGUAUAUUCCGGCGCUGAGAGAAGGAAACGGUUUUCAAGGAAGAAUGUGACGGAGAGAGUCGAGUGUACCUGAGAGUAUAUCUCUCCCACCCACGCCCCCUCCCNCCC